UUAUAGUUAUUUUACAAUAAACUAUGUAGCCCCUUCAACAUUAAAAAAAAAUUCAAGUCAUCGAGUCAAUCGAUUUCUAACAUUAAAGAUACAAAUAUUGAAUAUUUAUGUUUUCAUUAUAUACAAUGUAUGACUUUGAAAUCGAUUAUAUGAAUGAUAGUGAAAUUUUCUCGAAUGAUGAUGUUUUGUUUGUAUCUCAUGGUCGGCAAAUAAUUACGCAAACACCGGACAACGAAGCGGUCUAUAGAUUAAAAAGACAAAACAUGCCUUUGUAACUUGACGUGAUAUUCAUGAAAGGCUGCUUUCAAUUGACAAGCAUGUUUAAUCUUGCUACCACAAGUUACGCAAACCAAUUUAAGAGUGCUAUAAUUUUGCCUCUUUGUCGAAGAGUCGCGUGUAAAUGCAGUCAUCAUCAAAGCCGUAUAUUUUCCUCCAGUGAAAAAAGGGCUGAUAAAGCAAAUGAAAAAAAACCACCUGAUGAAAAAGAUAAUCCUGUCGCCGCAGAACGUGCCCUUAUAGAACAAUGCAAAAUGACUCCAGAAAUGCUUCAGACACCAAGGCUACAGACGGUACGAGUCUAUCGUUGGAAUCCUGAGAAGCCAAAUGUAAAGCCUUAUAUGCAACAAUUCGCUGUCGAUUUAAAUAAAUGCGGUACGAUGGUGUUGGAUAUGUUAGCCUUAAUAAAAGCACAACACGAUCCUACGUUAUCUUACCGUAGAUCAUGUCGCGAGGGCAUUUGUGGAUGUUGUUCGAUGAACAUUAAUGGUGUCAACACUUUGGCUUGCCUCACGAAAGUACCAGAAUCAUCCAAACCAAUAGUUAUAUACCCUUUACCACAUUGCUAUGUUAUCAGAGAUUUGAUAACUGACAUGGAACAAUUUUUGAAACAAUAUCAAACUAUCCAGCCAUAUUUAAAACGUCCGGGGGAAGAAAAUUUUAUUGGUAUUCGACAAAUUUUACAGAGCCCUAGAGACAGGAAAAAGCUGAAUGGUGCAUAUGAAUGCGUACUUUGUGCAUGUUGUUCCUAUUCCUGUCCACCUUACUGGUGGCUUGGCGAUAAAUUCCUGGGACCUGCAACUCUUUUACAGGCAUACAGAUGGAUAAUAGAUUCACGAGAUAUGGAACAUAAGGAAAGACUCAGCAAAUUACGAGAUUUUUAUUCGGUAUACCGUUGUCAUACAAUUUUCAACUGCACAAAAACAUGUCCAAAGGGUUUGAAUCCUGGCAGAGCGAUAGCUCAAAUAAAACGCCUGUUGGCGGGACUUACUAAAAAGGAACGACCAGAUAUGGAAACUCCAAUUCCACAUCCCUGUAAUGGCGAGGAUAUAUACCAGUGCAGGGAGGAAUAACUACUCGAAAGAACAAGAGAUGUAAUAAACAUAAUAUUAUUCUUUAAACAAUUUUGUGAUUGUAUAUACACCAGGUUUUUUUUUGCAUUACAAAGUCUUAUUUACUCUAAA